AUGAACAACCCACACGACUACCUCAUCACGACUCCUCCCCCUCCUGAGGUUACCAAUCCUGACAAUGUUACCAGUUGGGUAAUGCUCAACCAAGGCGGGUUCGUCAAGCUUGGCAACGAACGUGUAUUACACAAGCUUGAUUCGCGCAUUUCAUGCGACCUGUCCGUCCCCUCGGAACUUCGCUCGCGAUGCACGGCUUUUCAUAGAAAGAGCGACAAAGGAACGCUCUUUCUCACCAACAAAAGGAUCGUCUAUCUCCCCGCAAAGCCGUCGCAAGUACCCAAAUUUGAGUCUUUUAGCGCACCAAUCCUGAAAUUCCAAGACUCGACCACAUCGUCAUCAAUGUGGUGGGGGUGGGUGUGGAAGUCAGAUUGCGUCCCCGUAUCAGGAGGGGGUAUCCCCCCAGAUAUCCCGCGGGUAGAAGUCAAGUUCACAUUUUCCGAUGGCGGAAUGAUGGACUUUAAUGAGACCUACAUCAGGCUACGCGAGCGCCUUUUCCAGUUUCAGGAAAUGCGGAAUGAGAUGGGCGCCGGCGCUGAAAUGCCAGAUGAGCCUCUACCGGCAUACGAGGCUGAUGAUGGUCAACUAUCAGUUCCCGGAAGCUCUACCGCCACGGCAGCAGCAGCAGGACAUGGACGGUCAGAGAGCACUGCCAGUCGCAGAGCACCAGACGAGCCCCCGCCAAACUAUGACGAGGCACAGGCGCAGCAGCUCAGCAACCGCCUCGAGGAUCAUAUCCGAGGGGAGGCAGAUCGCGGAACCAGAGACGAUUGA